AUUGUUACCAGAGCUGCAUGGCAGGCUGUGGUGUGGCAGCACACUCCUCAGCGGCGUGUAGUACGUAGAACUCGCGUUCUCCCAGAACGUACUUUUACAAUUGCAUCAAAAGGCGACGGUUUGAACAUUAGAGAAACAGAAAGAGAUGAAAACCCGCUGGACUUUGUAGUAUGAAAACUAUGUGGUUAAAUCUAUUAGCCGUAAAGUGAAGGACACCUGUCCUGUUUGUGUGAAUGGUCUGACAGUAUACCUCCGUAAACGAACUCUAUUAAGAAUAUGGAAAGUGACAUCCACAAGGGGCAAUGUCAGGAGCCACUUCUUCAGUCAGGUCUGGCCAUCACCGCUGCAGCAUGUUGGAAUGUGCUCAAAUUUCGUCGCUUUAUUUAUUUCCCUCAAGUACUAGAAUUUUUAGAAUGUGUUUACAGAACAGCACCAGAUUUACUUCAUUAUCGACACUUUGCCAAACUGGCCCUUGGCCUGCGUGCUACGGUGUGUACAGCACUAAAUCUAAUUAUAUUGGAUGUCAUUGCCAGAGAUGGCACCAAUAAAGAAACAUGGAGGAUGUUUCAGCAAUUAUUUUCAAAUUCUCCGUUAGAAGCUGCGCCACAUGUGACACACAGGGCCCUCCAAAAGGUGCAAUCAGCUGACUUAAGCUUCCGAAAAAUGGUGAAGAGGCUUUUUGAGGAUAAAGAAUUUUGUAAGAGUUACAUGAAUGAACAAGUUGCUCUAGACUAUGGAGAACCAUUUGUUGCUAUGCUUCAGAAUCUUAUGAGAGAAUUUUUGGUCAGACUCAACAGUGCUUUAUCUGAAAAUAAAAGCCAAAAGCUCCUAUCAGCUUUAGAGAGUGAUUGUAUAUGCCCAGAUUCGGUUUCACCAUAAGAAAAAUCUAUAGGUAAGGGUAUAGGUUAGAGAAGUAGAACAUGUGCCACCCUGCAUUGACUGUCUCUGCAACUUACCCACCAGUGUUAUCUUAAUGUUUUAUUUAUGUU